AUGAUUCGAAACCCGCGGAAAUCAAAGAUUAAAUGCGACAACGACAACACAGGAUCGCCCUGCGACACAUGCAUCAAGGCCGGCCACAAGUGCGAAUUUCCAGAUCCAACACCUCUCCCAGUUAAGCGAGCAGAGCCUCCUACGGCGCCGAAACAGGAGAAGGACAUCGGGCAUGAUCGAAAACGGAUGAAGAAGUUCGAAGACACGGCUAACUCUAAAGGACGUACGGGCAUCGUGUAUGCCCAGGAGGUGCUCUCGGCACCAUACUUGACCGUGGAUUUGUGGCAUCAACUAUUAGACAUUUACAAGCUACACUUCGCCACAGAACUUCCUUUUCUGCACCUUCCGACGUUGAAGGGUAUCAUCCACAACAAGGACAUCAAGAAACCGUCGGCCGAGUCGAACCUGAUUCUUCUGGGAAUCUUGGCCCUCACAGCAAGAUUCCAGCCUGAACUGGUCAAGUACGUUGCCCACAUAACAUUCGACAAAGUAGCAGGCCCGAAGUCCCGUGGUGCGUUGCCUCGGCCGGAGCCUUCCAUGGCCUCGGAAUACUUUGCGAACGCUCUCACCAAAGCAUUAGGAAACCUGGAAUCGGCCCUGACCUCAGCAACCGUUAUCCGUGUCCAGGUAUUUCUUAUGCUAGGCUUGUAUAAAUGGAGUCAGCCCAACGGUGGGCUCGCCGCGUGGAUGCACGUCGGUGUGGCCAUCAGGAUGGCUCAGGGCUUGAAGCUAGGCUUUGGUGACAAACCAUUGCGUGAAAAGAAGAUUUUGGGUCCCAUUCCAAGAUCAAACAAGUCCGCGCAGCUGCCUUCGGAUAGGUGGAAGGACCAGGAGAUUAGACGACGCACCAUGUUCAGCUGUCUGAUACUUGAUCGGCUCUUGUCAUGUGGAUCCGACCGAGUCUCGAUGGUUCGAUCCGAGGAUCUCCAGAUCCAGCUGCCCUGCACCGAACACGCCUUCGACCUCGGCCGCGUCGUUUAUACCGGGUUUCUGCGACAAGUGGGACAGGAAAUGGAGCGGCCGAUUGACGACAGCGUUCUCAGCCGGUUUGUGCAACUCGCCGACUUUUGGGGAGACAUUACGAAGUACAGUUUUGCUGGAGGCCGCCAUACGGAAACGCUUCCGCCAUGGGACACGGAAUCGACCUUUUAUCAACUGAACAACAAGGUGGAAGCUUUUUAUGCCCACCUACCGGAGGAGUUCACCUGGUCCAGCGCCAACUUCUGGAAACACGACAACAGCAUGUACGUGUCCCUUCACAUGCUGGGCGCCCUCUGUAAAAUCAUGCUGCAUCGGGAAUACAUCCCUUUCUUUGCCAUCAAAUGUCAAAAGCCGGUGGGCCCUCUCGAUGAGCCCGUUUUCGAUCCUGCCAUGGUCCCAGAACAAUUCUGGGAGCGGAGUGCGGAGCAAGUUUUCAAAGCAGGAAGGGACAUCAUCGACCUGGUUUCGACAUGCCGGGACAAGCUUCCUCACUCAUCGUUGGUUAUUUUUGCCAUUUGGCAAGCGGCAUUUGUGGGUAUCUAUGCUCGACAUUAUCCACACAUGGAUACCGAAAAUCACAUGGUCAGCGAGGAAGAGAUUCAAGAGCGGGCCUCAGGAACAGUGCCUGAGAUCGCACAGACAGGAAACACCGGCAUCGCUUUCCAAGCACUGAUCAAGGUCGUCCCUUACUUCAGCAUGGCCUCCAACUACGUAGUGUAUUUCAAAGAUAUGGACCAGUAUUUCACCAAGGUUUCUUCCGACUAUUCGAACCGAGGAUCGAGGAAAAGCAGCGACGGACGUCUUAGUAUUCGGCUGAGCGCAGGCGGCGGCGGGCUCGAAGAAUGGCGGAUAAAAGCAGACAAGAUUACGAGUAAUGGCAUCAUCCUCGACGAAGACCGACCAACGGGUCACGAUGGGUCUGAUGGGUCGCGCGCAAGUACGUUGGAAAGAAGCUCUUCUUUGGGCCCCGAAUACUCCCACCUCGGCUCCAGCGGCCUUGAUAGCAGGAGAGACUCUCGGCAGGCCUCGUCAUUCACCGCCAUCAACGCCGGUUCAUCCAUUCAUCAAGCUGGUCAAGAUGACUUUGACAGCGGUAUGCCCCAUCGCUCGCCGCCACAGGGCUUCCCCCCGACCUCUGACCCCAUAGCUAACGAUGUCGCGAUCGCGGGCCUCAACAUAGACACCGCUAACAUCGAUUCGUAUGUGGAGCAGAACCAGGGCCAGCGAUUCGGCACCAUGCUCGAGGAUAUCCAGGAGUUCAGCACCGGAGGUAUGGUCUGUGAGUCCAGCAUCGGAGACUGGGACAUGCUGAAGCCGCCAUUCUACACGCAGAUGGCCGGCAGCAGCCAGCUGUCGCAGUUUAGUGGCGACUAUUCUUGA